AGUAUUACAUUUCAGCACGAAGCAUAUCUCUGGAUUGUCACAACACUGGUUUCCAAAUUUGACUUCCUGUGCCGCUAGAGGCAUGGCCGUAGUGUGUCUAUUCAGACUUGGGGACAUGGCUGGGGGCGGUGUGUGGUGGUGGUAGUAACCUGUAGGACAUUUCAUCCAAGUGUAAUCCAGAAGGCUUCUCUUGUUAAAUUAUAUUUUUGAAGCAAAACUACCCCUGGCGCAUUUUGCAAGCGAUCUCUCCAGCCACUCUUGACUGGCAUUCUAUUUUUGCCUGGAACCUAUGAUUUACAGCCAGCCUGGUUACCCUCUUGCCUAGAAAGGCAACAGAAAGAAGCGGGCCGACUCCAGGCUCCACAGGUAGAAGCUAAAGGAGGCUGGCGUUUCCCCUCCACAGCAAGGCUUCCUCCAGCUGCGUCUCCCUGCUGUUGUCCCUUCGCAGACAGUGAGAGUCUCCCCUCACUCCCCCUCGGCCAUUCAUCCAGCCCUGUACAACAGCCCAGCUGCUGCCGCGUCGGCCGGGAGGGGCUGCCAAGUGCCCAGCCUACUGGCUCUUCCCGAGUCCCUGCCAUUCCAUACACAAACACAUCCACACGCGCUGCCUCAAUCACAUGCCGAGCCACUGGAGCAUGCGAACACAUUCCUUCCUUCCCUCUCACUGUCUCAGCCCUUGACUUCCACAAGCCCAUGGAAGAUUUCUGGAAAGCGGCUCUUGAUCUAGCAGGGUGGCCCGUGGGCUGCUGAGCCCUGCGCGGGGCGGGGAGACGCCGUGCGACUCGCCCGCGGCCACUGACCAUGACCAUGACCCUCCACACCAAAGCCUCGGGAAUGGCCUUGCUGCACCAGAUCCAAGGCGGCGAGCUGGAGCCCCUGAGCCGCCCGCAGCUCAAGAUGCCCCUGGAGCGGCCCCUGAGCGAGAUGUACGUGGACGGCGGCAAGCCCGCCGUGUUCAACUACCCCGAGGGCGCCGCCGCGUACGAGUUCAACGCCGCCGCCUCCGCGCCGGCCGCCGUCUACGGGCAGGCCAGCCUCACCUAUGGCCCCGGGUCCGAGGCGGCUGCGUUUGGAGCCAACGGCCUCGGGGGCUUCCCCCCGCUCAACAGCGUGUCUCCGAGCCCCCUGAUGCUGCUGCACCCGCCGCCGCAGCUCUCGCCCUUCCUGCACCCGCACGGCCAGCAGGUGCCCUAUUACCUGGAGAACGAGCCGGGCGGCUAUGCGGUGCGCGAGCCGGGCCCUCCCGCCUUCUACAGGCCAAGUUCAGAUAAUCGACGCCAGAGUAGCCGAGAGAGAUUGGGCAGUAACAGCGACAAGGGAAGCCUGGCGAUGGAAUCUGCCAAGGAGACGCGCUACUGCGCGGUGUGCAAUGACUAUGCCUCUGGCUACCAUUAUGGAGUCUGGUCCUGUGAAGGCUGUAAGGCCUUCUUCAAGAGAAGUAUCCAAGGUAAUAGGCAUAAUGACUACAUGUGUCCUGCAACCAAUCAGUGCACCAUUGACAAGAACAGGAGGAAGAGCUGCCAGGCUUGCCGGCUCCGAAAGUGCUAUGAAGUGGGGAUGAUGAAAGGAGGCAUUAGGAAAGACAGAAGAGGAGGGAGAAUGUUGAAACACAAGCGCCAGAGAGAUGACAUGGAGGGCAGGAAUGAAGUGGGGCCCUCGGGAGACAUGCGAGCUGCCAACCUGUGGCCCAGCCCCCUGGUGAUUAAGCACACGAAGAAGAACAGCCCAGCCUUGUCCUUGACAGCCGAUCAGAUGGUCAGUGCCUUGCUGGAGGCUGAGCCCCCCAUCAUCUAUUCAGAGUACGACCCUUCUAGACCCUUCAGUGAAGCUUCAAUGAUGGGCUUGUUGACCAACCUGGCAGACAGGGAACUGGUUCACAUGAUAAACUGGGCAAAGAGAGUUCCAGGCUUUGGGGAUUUGAACCUCCAUGACCAGGUCCAUCUUCUGGAGUGUGCCUGGUUAGAGAUCCUGAUGAUUGGACUGGUCUGGCGCUCCAUGGAGCACCCGGGAAAGCUCCUGUUUGCUCCUAACUUGCUCUUGGACAGGAAUCAGGGUAAAUGUGUAGAGGGCAUGGUGGAGAUCUUUGACAUGUUGCUGGCCACGUCGACUCGGUUCCGUAUGAUGAAUCUGCAGGGAGAGGAGUUUGUGUGCCUCAAAUCUAUCAUUUUGCUUAAUUCUGGUGUGUACACCUUUCUGUCCAGCACCCUGAAGUCUCUGGAAGAGAAGGACCAUAUCCACCGGGUGCUGGACAAGAUCACGGACACCUUGAUCCACCUGAUGGCCAAAGCCGGCCUGACCCUGCAGCAGCAACACCGGCGCCUGGCCCAGCUCCUGCUCAUCCUCUCCCACAUCCGGCAUAUGAGUAACAAAGGCAUGGAGCACCUGUACAACAUGAAGUGCAAGAACGUGGUGCCCCUGUACGAUCUGCUCCUGGAGAUGCUGGAUGCCCAUCGCCUACAUGCGCCAGCCAACCGCCAGGCGGGGGCCCCGGAGGAGCCCAGCCAGAGCCAGCUGACCGCCAACGGCUCUGCUUCUGCACAUUCCUUGCAAACAUACUACAUCUCCCAGGAAGCAGAGAGCUUCUCCAACAGCAUGUGAGAACUCCUGGGAGCCCCCCACCUCCCCCGCCCCACCCCGAGGUUCAGAGAAUCCCGCCGUGUUUCACCCACGUCAUGCAUCACUUUCGCAGAAUUCUGUCUCCUGCAUACACUCCGGCAUGCGUCUGCCACCAGUGGCUUUCUAGUAUGAGUGGCCAUUCAUUUGCUUGCUCAGUUCUUAGUGACCGUCUUCUGUUGGGAACAGCCAAAGGGAUUCCAGGGCUACGUCUUUGGUAACAGCUCUCUUCCCCUCUUUGCUACGUUAUUAAGAAUGAGGAUUCUUGUAGUGCGCUUCAUGACUGAACUCAGCCUGUGAGAUGUCUGUGGACUGACGUUUACUAGUUGAGGCCCACUCCUGGAGAUUAGACAUUUCACCUCUGAUAAGCACUUUGUAAUGGCUCCAAACUAAGCCUCAGGAAAGAAUUGAAUGGCUCCUUCAAUUGACACUAUGGACAAAGGAAGCUAGCACGAGGGCUCCCCGUGGGCAUCUUGUAUUCUUAUGGUAACCCGUCACUCCUGAAAGUGACUGACACCUUGUUUGCUUUUGCCAAGUGGCUUGGGUGUAGCACAAUGCUUGGUGGUCUUCAGUUCACUUCUCCCCAUAGGAAUACAAGAUGUGCAUGGGGAAGGAAGACCCCCUUAGUCUCAAGACGAUGUCAGCUUAAUACUUUGCACCUUUGGUCUUGCUGAAAUCACUGCUGGCUUUCCAGGGCACGGGUUCCAGGCCAUUCUGGCUUUCUACAGACCUGCAGGAAACAGCACGUUGAUUUCAGUUAAGUCAUACAGAUCAGUCUCUCUCUCUCUUUUUUUUUAAAUUGUCUUUUAUUUUUGUUUUUAUAAAAGAAAGUCAUUUUAGCCACCUCCCCCCCCCCCCCCCCCACCCAAGGACUUGGCAGUCCAAAACAGCCUCAGGACCGAUUCCAGUGGGGCUUUCGCAUUUCCCCACCAGAGGGCGCCCUACAUGGCUCUCCCAGCUGUGACAGAACACGGAGUUUUUCUCAUAGAGGAGGAAGGGCAGUUGGAGUUGAAUGAACGAGCACCUUGGCGAUGCUUUGGGGUUGUUGUUUUGACUUUAAUCCUGGGGGAUGGGGCUAAAGAGUGACUCCAUGGGAUCCCCGUGGGCUGCUAGAGAAUAAGUAGGAAAGUAGGGGAGAAAUGGGAUCAAACCGAAAGUGUCUGGGUGGCCUGGCCCCAGCUGUGCACACACUCCAGGGGCCCCAAUGCGCAGAGGGGCUGCCCCACCAGCACCCGGUAGUCUGCCUCUCCAUUUCCUGUGUGACCCUGAUGACAAGAACCAGCAGCGGGCGCUGCAUUCCUACACUGGGCCUGGGAUACUGGGGGCGGGGUGGGGGGGGUGGCUGUUCAGUGCUCCUCUGAAAACAAGCUUGUUUGCCCUUGGGAAGUUCUCCCUCUCCCCCAACUUCUACUCCUUCUGCCCUUAAACGUCAUAAACCAAGAGAAUGAGACUAGAAUUGGUUUCACAACAAGCCCCUGCCCCCCAACCCCCCCACAGGGCCAAUUUCCCGGGCCCUUUGCUUUUCUAGUACAACUCUGGGUGUUUUCAUGUACUUCACCCAAAUGAAACUUCGCUCUUCCCCGAGUUCACAGUCUACAGAUGCAGCUCUGCUGAGAGGUGAUAGGUAGACAGCAGCCCAGGGGAGUGGCCAGGAUUCUAGACAUGGCCUGUUUGGAAAGGUGAGUUCCACUAAAUUGACAGGCAAGGAAACCGGGAGGGCCCCCAAAUAAGGAAAGCUUUCUCUUUUAUUCCCUUCCAUGCAUGUACAUCCAAAUUUGGGGGCAAUCUUCUGUAUCUUCAUUAAGAAUAUGUUUAAGAACAUAAUUCUUUUGUUGUUUGUUUAAGAAGUACCUUAUAUAGUAUAAUAUAUUUUUUUGAAAUUGAAUUGCUGUUUAUCGGACAAUUGAAUGUAAUAAUUCUGUUCUGGAUUUAAUUUUGACUGGGUUAAUACUGCAAAAACCAAGGAAAAAUGUUGAGUUUUUUUUGUAUACUUUUUAAGCUACCUUGUAAUGUAUGCAGUUAGUUAUUGAUGCCUAAAGCCUGGUGAUUAUUCAUUUCAAUGAAGAUCACAUUUCAUAUUAUCUUUUGUAUCCACAGUAGACAAACUAGCACUAAUCCACAUGCCUAUUGUUGGAUAUCGAAUGCCAGACAAUCUUAUGUAGCAGAGAUUAUGCCUGAAAAGGAGAAUUAUUCAGGGCAGCUAAUUUUGCUUUUACCAAAAUAUCAGUAGUAAUAUUUUUGGACAGUAGCUAAUGGGUCAGUGGGUUCUUUUUAAUGUUUAUACUGAGAUUUUUCUUUAAAAAAAUAAAAACAAAAUAAAAUUAAAAAAAAAACAAACCUCUAGGACUAUAGAUGAUGUAAUACCAGCUAAAUCCAAACAGUUAUGUGGUGGAAGGUUUUUUUACAUGAUUCAUCUACUGUGUCUGUAUUCUUGUUCAGAUACUACUAUAUUUGAAAGGGGCAGACAACAUUGGAUGGUUGAACUGUGAGCCCUUGAGUUUCAAGCAACUUUGGAAGUCUCUUUUUAAUUCUUAUUUGAAGUGCCAAUAACAAGCUGACAUCAGCUGACAAUAAUCAGCUGACAUCUUUCAGCUGAUGUUGGUGUAGGGCAGAGGGGACACGUGGAGACUAUGUACUUUCUUCCCACUUUGAGGCAAAUUGAGGCCUGAAAGGUGUUGAUCUACCUGCAGGUUCAGGGUAGGAUGGGGGAAAAGGGCUUGGGAAGUUGAAGAAUGGGGAAAACAAAUGAGACUAAGAGCACUGAAGGCAUUCUGACACCUGGAGUGGAUACCAAGCUUUGCUAUUCCAUUUCUGCCCUGUAAUCUGAAAACAGCCAUUUCCAAAAUGGCUGCUCCAGUUUGGGGAUAGAGUACGGCAUCAGCGGCAAAAUCCAAAGAGUAGCUAGAGGUCUGAGUGUCUUUCAGCCAUGACUGAGCUUGUUGUCAUGAUUCUGCAACGCUAUCUUGCAGCAACAUGAGAGACAUCCGAAGAGAAGACCCUAUUGGUGUCACAGAAUCUCCUCCCAAGGAAGUGCAAUCAUUAUGUCAGUGAUUGCAAGUAUGUUUCCCCAUGCCCUCUUCCAGGCCUUGUGGGGGCUGAACAAAUAAAUGACCUACUGAUGAUUUACUUGUAAUCAUAUUAAAGCGUUCGCACUUUGAAAUAGCCAUUGAUUUAGACUGUUGGCUUAGAGUACCCUUACUCCCCAAGGAGCCCAAUUACAAAUCCCUUUCUUGAAUACUUUCCAGCUCCGAGAUGGGCUGUGGAUAUGGGGAACUCUCACUGGACCAUCAUCAUGUCUAAGACUCAUAGGCAGUUUUGCUUGGAGACAGCAGUUCUGUGAAAGGCAAACAGUUAUGCAGUAGCCCAGAAGAAAACCACCAUCCUGUUUCUGGUGCAAGUCUUGGGAGGUGGAUCCAGAUUGAACUGUAAACUUCCCAGAUUCACCCCCUGAGAAAGAACUCCCCAUCCCGCCGGAGCGAGCGAGCUGAACUGUUGGUCCCAAGUAUCCCACCUUCUCAUCCAUGUGAUUCUGCUGUUUCCUAGUUGUCUCUCCUUCCCAUUAAAAUCAAAUUGUGGCCCCUUUUUAAAAUCACUUUAAAUUGUUUGCUAAGUAAUUGCUGCGUCUGUUACAGCAUUCGAUUUUUGCACUGUCUUUCAGAGACACAAGAAAAAUUUCUAUUCUUUUUUUUGCAUCCAAAUGUGCCUGAACUUUUUAAAUACAUAAAUGCUGCCAUGAUCCAACCCCAUCUUCAGAGUGUGUGUGUGUGUGUGCCUGUGUGCAUGUGUGCGUGUGAGUGUGUGUGUAUGUGUGUACAGAGCUGUGCACCCUGGAAAUAACAUACAGUCCCAUGAACAGGUGCCUAAGACAUGGACCCCUUUGUGUUCACAGAGAGGUCAUUGGUCAUAGAGACUUGAAUUAAUAAGUGACAUUAUGCCAGUUUCUGUCCUCUCAUAGCUUCUCUACAAUGCUUUGUGUGCACUACAUACUCUUCAGUGUAGAGCUCUUGUUUUAUGGGAAAAGGCUGAAAUGCCCCAUUGUGUUUGAUGGACAAAUACACUCGCCUGCUGAUGCAUACAUACAAUUACUGAUGUGAUCCUGUUUUUGUCGUAGCUUUGCUUUGUUUAAUGAAACACACUUGUAAACCUCUUUUGCACCUUGAAAAAGAAUCCAGCGGGAUGCUUAAGCACCUGUAAACCAUUUUUUUCUCAACCUAUUUGAUGUUCAAAUAAAGGAGUAAACUAAAGACAAAGCGUUUGAGUUGUCUGUUUUACAAGCUUCUUGCCAAUUGCUUAUUACUGACUCUAUGAAAAUGGUGGCUUUUGCCUGUAAUUCUGCCUACU